CGCUACAGCCACUUAGAGAAGAUGACAGAUUUGGUGGCUGUUUGGGAAGUAGCUUUAAGUGAUGGUGUUCAUAAGAUUGAAUUUGAACAUGGGACCACUUCAGGAAAGCGUGUUGUCUAUGUUGAUGGAAAGGAAGAAAUAAGAAGAGAAUGGAUGUUUAAAUUAGUGGGUAAAGAAACAUUCACUGUUGGAGCAGUCAAAACAAAAGCUGCUAUUAACAUUGAUGCAGUCAGUGGUUUUGCAUAUGAAUAUACUUUGGAGAUCAAUGGGAAGAGUCUCAAGCAGUAUAUGGAGAACAGGUUGAAAACGACCAAUACUUGGAUACUGAGCUUGGGUGGUACAGACUAUAGAAUUGUUCUAGAAAAGGACACUAUGGAUGUGUGGUGCAACGGCCAGAAAAUGGAGACUGCAGGUGAAUUUGUCGAAGAUGGGACUGAAACUCACUUCACAGUUGCUGAUCACAGCUGUUGCAUCAAGGCUGUCAGUAGUGGGAAGCGAAAGGAAGGAAUUAUUCAUACCCUUAUUGUGGACAACAGAGAAAUCCCAGAGGCUGUGGAGUAGCCUCUAGUUAACUGAUUAUUGUAGAACUAAGAUCAGGAAUUUUCAAUUACUGUGGUAAUUAUUUUAAUAUGUACUACUUGGUACAUCUAGUUUGUGCUGGGUUUAUUUUCUAGUUUCUGUAUAUGAAAUUAUUCUUUUUGAGGACCAGAUGGAAAUAAUUAUAUACAACCUCUUACACUACCAGUUUUUAAAAAACUAUAUAUAUGAAGAAUGUAUAUUAAUAUCACUAAGUGU